AUGGCAAGUAGAAACAGUUGGAGGUUGAAGCAGUUGUAUCUGCAGAUGCCAUGCAAAGGAAGAAACUUUGAGGCUAUCUUCAGGAGAUUUGCCUUAACCUCAUCACAAGCGCAUGAGAAUUGCAAAACGUCCCUGCUAGACAAAUUGAAUGCCGAGAUUCCUGAAGAGAGUGACAACGUCUGCAUCUACCGAGUCCCCGCGAAACUGUGUCAAGUAGAGGAAAAGGCGUAUGAUCCGAGCAUUGUAUCGAUCGGCCCAUAUCAUUGCGGAGAUCGACAUUUGAAAAAAAUGGAGGAGCUAAAGCUAAAAUUCUUCCACAGGGUUUUCAGGUCAAAACAAGAACGUGAAGUUGAACUCGAGAGAGUGAUUUCGACGAUGGAGGAACUAGAACCGAAGGCUAGGAGUUGUUAUGCAGACGAUGUUAAGCUGGGCAGAGACGAGUUCAUUGAGAUGAUGACCAUGGAUGGCUGCUUCAUCCUGCAGCUCCUGACGGAGGUCGGCGGCCAUCGUUCUUCUUCAUCCCUCAUUCAAAGGUGGAUGUUGCCGACGCUGCGCCAUGAUUCAAUCAAGCUCGAAAACCGGCUCCCGAUGUCAGUUGUACACAAAUUGUUCGAUUUGAGCAAUGACAGUUCUCAAUGUGAAUAUGCGCCUCUUUCCCUCCAGGACCUCGCUUUAAAGUUCGUUAAGCCAUUAUUGAAGAGGGAUUUAAAUAUGAAUGCUGCCGGUGCCACCACUAUGAUGAAUACUCUGAAGGAAGAAAUUAGGACCUGUCACUUUCAUGAUCUUUUUCGAUCCAGCAUUCUCCCGGAGAUACAGGAUCAGGACCGGAAAAGGCAAGCGUUCAUGAUCCAAUAUACAACCGAGUUGAAAGAAGCCGGAGUGAUCCUCAAAAAUCACGAGUCUGACAAGGCAUUAGACAUAAGAUCGAAGGGGAGGGUCCUGAAGAUCCCACCACUCCACAUAGACGAUCACAGAGGCACGUUGUUCCGCAACAUGAUGGCCUUCGAGCAAUGCCACAAGAAAUGCAAACCCGAUGCAACAGCAUAUCUGUUCUUCUUCAACAGGCUCGUGAACUCGGCCGACGAUGUGGAGAUUCUCCAUUACAAAGGCAUAGUCCACCACUCCCUCGGAAGUUAA